AUGGUCGUCCCGAGGAACAAAGUCGCAGUGAUCGGGCUUGGUGCCUUUGGUAUCGUAUCUCUCAAGAAUCUCGCCGAAGAGGGUUUCGAUGUGACCGGGUUUGAGCGCAAUCCCUAUGUUGGUGGUCUUUGGAAGUUCACACGGGAGGACAAGACUUCUGUGCUGCCUACAACUAUUGUUAAUAUCUCGAAAGAAAGAGGAUGUUUCACAGACUUCCCGUUUCCUGAUGUUGUCACUCAUGUAUCGCAUGAUGAUGCUCUUAACAAAUGGAUUGUUGAAAUUUCCGAUUCGCCCAAAGAAAUGUUCGACAGGGUCAUCAUCGCGACAGGAAUGAACCAAACACCCAACUAUCCGAAUGUCAAAGGGAUUGAGCUGUUCAAGGGCGAAACGCUCCACUCCAAAUCUUACAAAAGCCCAGAGAACUUCACAGGGAAGAAAGUGUUGGUCUUCGGCUUGGGAAACACCGGCGCUGACACUGCAACAUCACUUGUGGGCUAUGCAAGCGAGAUCUAUGUUUCUCACCGAGAGGGUCUUCCUCGAACCAACAAAGGCCGCCCCAUUGACCACACACUCAACAUUCGCUUGAUCACUUUUCAAAGGCUUCUCGAGCGGUUCUUCCCCAAUCUAUCUGAACGCCUUUUCAAUGGAUUUGUUAAAAAGCUGCAGGAUUCUGCAUUCAAAAUCCGUCCUGAGUGGAAUCUCUCACCAGCUCCUUCGAUCAAAACCAGCACCCCGGUCGUCUCAGACGAGAUCGUCCCAGCGCUUGAGAGUGGUAAAGUUAAAUCUGUCACGGGUGUCAGUUGCGUAACCGGGCCGAAUGAAGUUGAAUUGAUGGGUGGAAGAACUUUGAAGGUAGAUGCUAUCAUUUACUGCACUGGAUACAAACCCAACUUCAGUCUAUUGGAUCACGAAGCUGAUCCAACGGCUGAUACCACACCGAAGUGGACUGCGUCCCAGGGGUCUAGGGGCAAACCGCUGCCUCGCUUGUAUCAGAAUGUUCUGUCUCUCAAGUACCCGGACUCACUCGCAUUCAUGGGGUGCGUGGCAUUUGCAACGGGGGCAUUCGUUCUAUAUGACCUGGCGUCCAUGGCUGUCGUGCAGAUCUGGAAGGGGAACUCGGACCUUCCACCUCAGCACGAAAUGGAGCGGUCGGUUGAUGAGCACCAUGACUGGCUGUGUGGCCUUGCAAAGAAAAGCAAUAUUCACCCACAGCUUGUCAAUGGCCAUUCUUGGUCAGCAUGGGCGGACAAGAUGGCUGGGACUGGGGUUGACGAAUAUUUGGGAUGGGGUUGGAAGGGAUGGUGUUACUGGCUCAAGGAUCGGUCUUUCUGCAACCUCCUCAUGGGAGGUAUCUACAGUCCACACAUCUACCGCUACUUCGAUGGCAAGCGAAGUCGGUGGGACCAAGCGAGGGAAGAAAUCGAGAAGGUGAACGGCAACAUUUCCAAAAACAGGCCCAAAACCGAUUAG